GCUGCUGGGCACCGAUUUAGCAGACAGGGGUUUGGAGCUCUGGUCAAUGGGAUCGAUGUUGAUCAGCAAACAGCGGGCACUUGACGCCAGCCCCAAGUUGAGACAAACGAGCGGCGUCCAACAACAAACAUACUCCAAGACAUACAAGCCGACUACCUACCUGUGCGUUUAUCCGUCGGUGGUUUCUGGGCCGCCAAUCACAGCUACGUUACUGUUGGCUGCUUCAUCGUCCGUCGGCCGUUGCUCCUGCUAGGGAGCGGGCAUCCUAUCUCACCUACACCAUGGCUCUGAACCGCAAAUACUCGGCGCUGCCCGACCUCGACACGGCCCCCGACAUUUACGAAACCCCCGAUUUAACCGACGACAACUCGACGGUCCCUACAGGCACCGUCAAAUCCCAAUCGGACGAGGAGGACGACGAUGGCCACGAUGCGGCGGAGGGAGUCCUGAGAUCCCGGCUAAGAGUUUCCGAGGCCCGCUCCAUAUUUACCCCCGCCAACGUCGAUGCGCGAGACGUCGACUUCUCCGACCGGGUUAGCGGCAAGAGGAAGUCAUACAAAGUCUCGACGCGUCGUCACCGCACUCUGGAAGACGGCACGUUGGAGCUGGGAGACUUGAGCGAUGACGACGACGAUGACGCCGGCAACCUCGCGCGCAAGAUCGCCCGCCUGAAGCGCGAGGUUGAGGAGGCCAGGGCCGAAUACGCUAAGCAGCAAGCCACUUCACCCAACCCCACCGCAGACGGCACCUCCCCAGAGGCCGACAUCGACUCUCUAAGCCGCGCGCUUGAGAGCAUUUCGGGCCUUUCGAGUAGGCAGGGGCCCGUGUUCAGGUCCGCGCCCGUGCCAGAGCCUCAGCCCGCCGCAGAUGACUCAAGCACUAAGCUCCCGCCUGCCACGGGCGGGGCGACCUACACCGUGACGUAUGCGCCCACAUACCAACAGAGCCAUGCACUGGCCAAGGCCGCCGAUUUCGAUAAGCGACUCCUCCUUCUCGAGAAGUCCCUAGGAAUCGGCUCAUCGGCGGCACCAGAGCUAGACGCGGGGGGUCUGCCACGGGCGGUGCUGCCGAUGCUGGAGACUCUCGACAAGCAAGUCGGUGCCCUAGCAUCGGCCACGCCAGUGUCGCUCGACACGCUUACGAGGAGGGUGAGGGCACUCAACCAGGAGGCCGCGUCUGUGGAGAAGAGCCGCGACACUCUCGAGGCCGCGCGCGAGAUGGUGCUCGUCCCGAUGGUGCACACGGGUGGCACCGCAACGUCGGCGGCCGAGGCCGAGGCGGCGCAGCGGGCACGCGCCGUCGCGAGCAACUUGAGCGAGUACGAGGCCAAGAUCAGCGCGCUGUACGGAACUCUCCCCACCAUCGAGAACCUCGCGCCGCUGCUGCCCCCGCUGCUGGACCGGUUGCGGUCUCUCCGAGCGAUCCACGCGGAUGCGGCGGCUGCCGGCGAUACGCUGGACCGUAUCGAGCGGAGCCAGGCGGAGGCGGCUGCCGAAAUCAAGCAGUGGCGCGAGGGACUGGAGAAGGUCGAGGCGGCCAUGCGAGAGGGAGAGGCAUCAAUGGAGGGCAACGCAAAGGCCAUGGAGGGAUGGGUCAAGGAGCUAGAGCAGAGGGUUGCGAAGCUGUCAUGAUGCAUAUGUAGUCUGUUCGUUUUGCUCGAUACCCCUUUUAUCUCUGGGCGACAUUACUCGCUGCCUCUUGGAGAGAGAUCUUAGUAGAUCUGUUAAAUAAAGCAAUAUUACGAAGCGCA